GUGAUGCGCUCAUUAAAUGAAAUUUCCAUACAUCUCAGUCGUUUGCAUUUGUUCCAAUAAUAACGAUGAUAACAUAUCUACAUAUGUAAAUAACUAACUCGCUGUAAAACAGUGCAAUGAGUUCAUCACUAAAUAAAAUAAUCGCAAUUUACAUUUCACAUUUUUGUGCUCUCCUUUAGAUCAUACAAACAUAUUUUCUCGAUGAAGUAAAUGCAGAAUACUCGUACAUACAAGUACAAUGCUAAAACGCGCAUAAACCCAAAUGAAUGCGAGCGUUUAAUAUGCCGCGACAAAUUUCAAUUAAAAACUUAAUUGGAAAUGUGCUCAUAUACUUCGUGAACGUAUUCGUAUGCUUGUUUAUGUAUAGUAUAUACUUGUAUGUGUAGUCAUAUUCAAAAAUAAUAGCAACAAACACUUUUACUAACAACAAAAGUGUCAACAAUAAUUUAACGAAUGUUGGGCUGAGAGCAUAAAGAAUUUAAAAGUUAUUAAAAUGUAUGAAUGUAAAGUAUGCCAACGAGUUCAUGCACAUAAUUGAUAACUACAGACGAGUGGGAUGAGUGUUCCAGUGUGCAUAGAGGCAGAUGUGCAAGUGUCAAAUCGCGUUAAGAACGAGUAAUUUAGAGAGCCACAAGAGGAACAAAAAUUAACUGACACAUACUAAUGUACUUAUACAAUGCGAACGGGAACGAAUAGUUCUCAAUGUAAUAAUAUUUAAUCGUUUAUGUAGGAAAUGUGUUGUUGGAUUUAGGGAGUUAGUGAUAUUCACUGUGAUUACAUUAAUAGAAUAAACAAAAACAAAAAAAGUCAAAAAAACAUAACAACAAUAUGCCGGCAACACAAUUUGUUGCCAUUUUCGUGUGGUGAUAAGCAUGUUUUCUAUAGAUUUACAUAUGUAUUUAUUUCUUAUUGUCCAGUGGCGCAGCUGAUAAUGCGCAACAAAUGUGAAUGUAAUGCGAAAAUUAUUGAAAGCAUAGUGCAAUAAAAUGCCAUGAAGUGCAAUGAAGACGCGACGUAGUGAAAAUGUCUGCAUUUCCGGUGAUAAAUAUUUCAUGACAUAAAUUCAAUGAGUGAUUAAUGUGAAAAAUACUCAAAACGUAUGCAACGACAAGAGCAGUGAAAGUAAGCAUAAACGAGAUAGGAAAUGAAUAAACAGCUAAACUUAAAGGAGAAUCAACUAAUAGAAACAAAAUUAAAAAGGAAAUACCAAAAACAACGUAGUGUUAAAAAAAAAUUUGAUAAAUCAACAAUUGUCCGAAGCCAAAAACAAGCAACAACAACACCCACAAAUGCAUUACUUCCACUUUUGCAUUAUUUCACUUUCCACCUUCGUGUUGUUAGCGCUCCACCUGCGAGCAUGCGCUGCCGAUAAUGUCGGCGCCAGCAGCAGUGUCAGCGAAGAGGACGAUGACGAUAAGUCCUCUUCAACGCUGAAUUCGCCAAUAUUGGCGAACGCGGCGCUUAGUCAUUCGCAGGAGGAAAGAAUGCGACAGCAAUUGACAGAAGAACAACAACGCCAUAUGAGUCAACAAAAGCAUAGCCAACAACGUUUACGGCGGCAGCAACAACAGCAACAACAACAUCAUCAGCAGCAGCAACGUCGUCAGCGACAAAAUAAAAAAUCGCGCAACUCCUCGGCGCUUGGUGUUUCCACUUACUUGGCUGCGAAGCCUGGUGGCGGUGCUGCCAUGGACGAGGACGUUGCUUUAGAAUUAGAAAAUACUGAUUAUAAUGUCGAUGGCGAAACUAUAUUAGCUGGCGCUGCUGUUGCUGCCAAUGCAGCUGACGAAUCAGAUGACGCGUCCUCAUCAGCGAUUUCGUUGGAUGACAGCACUGGCGAUAAGGUGCCCUUCGACAUUUACACUUGUUGCAGUGAAGUAUUUGGCUCAUGUCGUACAUCAUGCGAAAAUCUUUCAUUAGUGCAGCUGGCCAAUACGGAUAAUGCAAAUGGACGUGGCCUACGUUUGGAAUUGAAAAAAUAUUGCCCCUCAAUGCAAAUCAGUUUUUGGAGCUGUAUGAAUCGCACAUUGGAAGCUGUUGCACGUGGCGCACAGUGGUCGGGCAGACGUUGCUGCGCUUUGGGCUUGUCGCCACGUUGCCGCAAUGCCUGCGCCACAUCAGAUUCGACGGCGCAACCACAACUAAUCAACGCGUGCCGCCAAAGUGAUGAGCAACAUAUGUUCGCUUGUUUUGAACAUCAGGAGGCUGGCGAUCGAUGCUGCAGUACGGCGCGCACAUCGGAAUGUUUACAGGUCUGCCGCGAUGUCUUCGAACCGCAUGCCACACACAAACGCAACGGCCACCACAAGCUGCGCGAGAUGUGCCAUGAGGAACGCGAUGCCGAGCUGCUGCAAUGCGUGCACAACAUUACGGGCAUGACGCCGGUGACAAACUCCCACAAAUAUCUGCCAUGCUGUGAGUUUUCCAGCGUAGAUAGCUGUCGUCGCACUUGUCGCUCUGUGCUGAAUAGCACUGAAAGCAUUGACAUCAUUAUCGGUGAACUGGAGGUUGGCGGCUGUGGCACCCCAUUGCCACACGUGCCACUGUGGCAGUGUUUCUUGACGGCGGAACGCAAAAUUUUCGUACCGGCCACAAAGAGCACCAACGAGUUGUCGCAGAUCAAUCAGAUCGGUAUCGACUCGGCAAAGUUGCAUUGCUGCGAGAAAGCGGUGUCGGCUAAGUGUCGCCGUCUCUGCACGCAGACUUACUCGAAUGAUUGGACAGCAACACGCGCACUUUUCGAAACCUCCUGCCUGCUGGAACGUAACGAAUUGGAGCUGCGUCAGUGUGUCGAUGAAGUGGACGAACCGUGCGAACUGGGCUGUGAUGGUCUCAGUUUCUGUACUAACUUCAAUAAUCGCCCGACGGAGCUGUUCCGUAGUUGUAAUGCUGUCGCCGAUGUCGCUGCGCGUUCCGAUUUAAAAAUGUGGCAGCAAAAUGGCUCCGUCAGUUUAGAUGGUUUUGAACUGCCCAUUAAGAAUAUGACACGCUGUGCACCCGAACAGUGGAAGGCCAUCGCUUGCGCGCUUCAAAUUAAACCCUGCACACGCAGUCGACAUUACAAUCACAUUUGUCGGGAGGACUGCUAUGAGAUAUUGAGUGAAUGUAUGGACUGGACGCGCAUGAGUUCGGCACUCAAUGCAGAGGCAGUGUGUGCGCGCCUCCAUCCGGAUGGCGAUGAUGUGCCAUGUGUUUCGCUGCGGCCAUAUCGCGAAGAAAGUGAUGCGCCAAAAGAAACUGGUGGACAUCAUGGACUGACGGCGCCGUGUAAAGGUCAUCCAUGCAACGGCAGCGAAACGUGUAUAGCGCGCCGCAAUGAGAGUACUGCUUACGAGUGUGUGCCCGGCUGUAGUCUCGGCGAGGCGUCCAACUAUUUGGUGCCGUUUGGCGCAUAUGUGCGCAUACCCGUACUUCAAAGUGUGAAGGUAGGGGGCAUCGGUGGUGAAGGUGUGGUCGGCGCCUUCAAAGUGUGUCGCUGCGGUGCGCAUGGACGCAUCGAACACUGUCAACCGCUGCCAAGUUUCUCGUACGCGAACUGCGCGCUGCCGGGUGGACGGAGUUUCCGCCAUGGCACCUCUUUCUAUUUGGAGUGUAAUUUGUGCAGUUGCUUCGCGGGGGAGAUCACAUGCACCAAGAAGCAGUGUCGUUUGGCAGGUUAUACUGAUCCCUCAUACACCAGUCUGCCCUGCAACUGUCCCACCCACUUUGUACCCGUCUGCGGCAGCAACGGCAAUACCUACCACUCGGCCUGUAUCGCUAAGUGUCUCGGCUUGCAAGAUAAUGAGAUGCAGUAUGGCGCGUGUGCUACAUUGAACCCGUGUCGCGAGGGCGCCUACAAUUGUCCACCUGGUCAUCAGUGUUUAGAGCAACGCAAAAUUUGCUUGUCGUCUAUGCAUCGCCCUUGUUUGCAGUACCAGUGCAUCAAUCUCACCGCCGACUGUACUUCCGUCGAAACGCGCCCGGUGUGCGAUACGCAGCGGCGCACGCACGCCAGCGCUUGUGAUCUCCUUGAAGCGCAUGCGUCCUUAGCUCAUUGGGGCUCCUGCUUCCGCAGCUGCACAAUGCAAGGCCCCGUAUGCGGUAUCAAUGGUGUCACUUACGUGCAUGAAUGCGCUGCGUGGGCAGACUAUAUCAUCAUUGACUAUCGCGGCCGUUGUCGUGAAGUGGGAUUGCUGGCUGCGGAUAUGGGUCGCCGCUGUCGCACCGUAAAAUGUCCGCGUCUACCAUCACCGUACUGCCGUGGCGUAGUGCCACCUGGCGCUUGCUGCCCCAUCUGUGCGGGUGCGUUCCGUGUAGUGUAUUCACGCAAGCAGAUCGAUCGCGCACUGUAUGCGGUACGCGGUCAACAUAAGGACCUUUUGACGCUAAAUUCUGUGUUGCAAGCAUUAGACGCGCUCGUACAGCUGGCCGAGUGCCAGUUGACUGGUUUCCUCACCAUGGAAGUGGGCAUUUUUGUGGCGCUUGUACCGCGCGCCACUGCGCCUAUGCGUAUACAAAUUGAAGCGUGUGUGCGUGAGGCAGAACGCAUUUCGACGCUGAUAGAUGCGCAGUCGCACGAAAUCACCACUAAUUUGCUGCUCUCCGGAUUAACGGUUUCGCACUUGGUGGAGGAGAAUGUGGAUGGCGGCGGUGGGCGCAUGCUGAUGAUGCCCAGCUUGGCGAUUAUCGUGUCGCUAACACUGUGGACUCUGCAGUGUAAACGAGUUUUAUAGUUAUAGCAUUUAAGUUCUUACCUGCUGUGGGUGAAGUGGAAGAUGAAAAAGUGUUUUUGUAAAUCAGCUGAGUGAAUUCUUAGUGCCAAUUUAGUUGUUAAUUAAAACUUUACUUUAACUUAGGAGCAAAAAAUUGUCAAAAUGUAAAUAAUGAAGAAUAUAUUUAUGUACAUACAUUUACAAAUGUGGAAUUGAAGAAGUUGAGGUUUAGGCGGUUAACAUUUCAUAUAAAAACAUGUCAAAAUAUUUGUAAAUAUUGUAGUUCUAUUUUUUAAUAUUUAGACCAAACAUUCGAGUGAAAUUUUUUAUUCAGAUAUUGAAAUUAACUCUGCAAAGAGCUUUAAGUGCCAUUUGCGUAAAUAUUUAGAAAUAUCGGAUUUAUAGAAACAACAUAUACAUAUAUAUAAACCUUCGGUUACAUUAACUACAAAUUAGAUGAAAUAUAAAUAUUUUUAGUUUCCGUUAGUACAGAUAAUAAAUUUAAUACAGGGAUUUAUUAAUUUUUUACGAGAUUCAUAGCAAACGACUAAGUCAGUCUGAGCUUUUAAAUUAAGAAAACAAAAAACGAAAUGGAUUAGAGUAAAAGAAAAUUAAAUAAAAUAUAAAAUAGAAAAAUAAUAAUGAAGCAAAAUAAAAGUGAUUUUACUUAAUGUAAAUUAAAUUGAACAAAGUAGAACAAAUUAAAAUAAAUUAAAAUUAUAAUUGAUAAAAUGAAAUGAAAUACAUUUGAAUUAAGUUACACGAAUUCAAUAAAAUAAAAUUCAAUUAACUGAAAAAAUAAAAAUAAAUUAAAUUAAAUACCUUGAAUUAGAAAAUAAUAAUAAUAAGGCAAAAUAAAAUGCAAUAAGAUGAAACAAAAUAAAAUAAAUUAUAUUAAAAUAAAAUAAAACGAAAUGAAAUGAAAAUUUAAAUUACUUGAGUAAAAUAAAAUAAAAUUAAAUUAGUUCAAAGAAACAAAAUUAAGGGGAAAACAAGGAAAAUCAAGAUUAAUUAAAAUAAAUUCUAACAAAAAACAAAUAAAAUGAAAUUAAAUCAAAUUAUUUCAAUAAAAUACAAUAAAAUUAAAUUAAUUUAAAUAAAACAGGACAAAAUAAAGUAAAUAAAAAUUAAUAAAACGAGAAAAAGGAUUAAAAAAAAUAAAUACAAAUCAAAUUAAACUAAAUUACUUAAAAAUAUUUAAUAAAACAGAACAAAAUAAAAUUAAAUUAAACGAAACUAAAUUAGUUGAGUAAAAUAAAAUAAAAUUAAAUUAAAAUCACAGAGCAAAAAAAACAUAAUGAAAAAAAGAUUAAAGAAAAUUAGUUUAAAAAAAUAACCAAAUAAAUGAAGUGAAAUAAAAUUAAAGUAAAUUACUAAAAAAAAAAUUAAAUAUAAUAAAACCGAAAAAAAAAUGUAAUAAAUUAAAAAAAUAAAUCAAAUGAAAUAGAAUUAAGUAAAACAAAAACAAAUUUACUUGAAAAAAAAAUUAACUUAACUGAAUUAGUUGAAUAAAAUUAAAAAAAAUUAAACGAAUUAAAACAAAA